AUGGACUUCAACAAGAUCAUGUCCGGUGUCAAGGACGCCGUCGGCGGCCAGAACGACCAGAAGCAGGACCAGCAGCAGCAGCAGACCGACGAGCAGAAGUGGUCAGACGUCGGCAGCUCCGUCAAACAGGCGCUGGGUGACUUCCAGGGCGACCAGGCCAAGGGCGAGAAGCCCGACUAUGCGGAGAUUGGCAAGGUGGCCAAGAAGGCGUAUGACGCCUACUCGAGCGAGGACAACAAGCAGGACUAUGCCGGCAUUGGAAAGGACAUUGCUGCUGGCUUCAUGGGAGGUGCCAAGAAGGAGGAGCAGCAGUCCAAGCCGGAGGAGCCGCGAAAGGACUAA